AUAAGCAGUUUCAAUUUUCUUGAAACGCGUUAUGUCAAUCAUAACAUUUCAUGUGUAUAUAAUAUAAAUAUUUGAAUGUGUAUAAUUACAAAUUUAAUCGUGUUAAAAUGGAAUGUAUUGUAGCAAAUGUAGAUCAUAUGCGAUUUGAUAUUGAAAUCGCUCUAGAUGAGCAGUAUGGAGCAUUAUCAUUACCAUUUACCGGAAUGGAUAAAUCAAUUGCUGCAGUAUGUCAAUUUUAUCCUAGAGGUACAUGUGUAAAAGGAGCCUCUUGUCCGUUUAGACAUGUUCGAGGAGAUCGUACAAUUGUAUGUAAACAUUGGUUAAGAGGAUUAUGUAAAAAAGGUGAUCAGUGUGAAUUUCUACAUGAAUAUGACAUGACAAAAAUGCCAGAAUGCUACUUUUAUUCCAGAUUUAAUGCUUGUCACAAUAAGGAAUGUCCAUUUUUACACAUUGACCCUGAAACUAAGGUACGCGAUUGUCCAUGGUACGAUCGUGGAUUUUGCAGACAUGGCCCAUUAUGCAGACAUCGGCAUGUAAGACGUGUACUUUGUAUGGCCUAUCUAGCUGGAUUUUGUCCAGAAGGUCCAAAUUGUAAAUUCAUGCAUCCAAGAUUCGAGUUACCAGCAGUACAAGACAUGCAACCAAAAGAAGGAAAGAAAGUUAUGAUUACUUGUCAUUUCUGUGGCGAAGGUGGUCAUAAAGCAAUUUAUUGUAAUAAAAUGCCUCCGGAUGUAAGAGAGGCACAAGUUAGACAAGAAAUGGAAGGUAGUUCUCAUAAUCCACAUCAUCAUAUUAAUAUGCAUAAUGGGCCACCUCAAAGAGGACCUCAAAAACCAUUAGAAGAAGUUACUUGUUAUAAAUGUGGUCAAAAAGGUCAUUAUGCAAAUAAGUGUCCUAAAGGACAUUUAGCAUUCUUAAGUCAUGCUAGUGGGACUGGUAGUACAAGUGGUAAUCAAAGUCAAAAUUAUCGAAGAUGAUUUUAUGUAUUUUAUUUAUCUAAAAUAAUUACGAUUAUUUUCCUGACCAAUAUUACUUACCAUUAUCCAAAUUUAUAUAUCAUAUAGUAAAAUAGAUUUAAUACGAAUACUGUGUCUCAUAAUCUUAUCAUUUUAUUCAUUAUAUAUAUAUCUAAAGUAAAAUGAAGGUAAUAUUGUAUAUUAUAUGUUGCUAAUAAAAACAAUUUUGUACAUAAAAUUUACAAUAUGUAAGGAGAAGAAGGAUAUUAUCAAUAUCAUAAAUGUGCUAUGUCAAAGUUUCAAUCUUUAUUGGUUAAAUUAUGGCGUAUGCUUAAAUAUAAUACUUUAACAGGGCAUAUUUAAGUAAUCUUUUCUAAAUACAUUGUGACUAUUAUAUCAGUUCUGAUAUAGAAUGUUAUAAAAAGAUAUAUUUACCUAAGUUUAGCUUUUUUAUAUUUUAUGAUGUAAUACUUGGGAAGACUUUUUUCCUUUUUUUUUU